AUGGAGGGAAUCACCGGUAGUCAUGGCCGUCGAAACUCAAUUAUUGGCAGCAUUAUGGCCAGAAAAUAUGAAAACAAAGCUAGUGCGAAGUCCGAACCAAAGACGGUCACAAAUCGCGACUUAAUUCAUGGUGUUGCUAGCUCCUUCCUAGAGGCAGCUUACCAGAGGCUUCGGGCGAGCAAAGCAAGUGAUGCCGUCACUAUAGAUGACGAUUACGAUCAAUUUGUUCAAUCUAACGCGUCUGAUAGUUCCGAUGGGUUCUGGAAAGAUGAGAACUUUCGACAGGAGUAUGAAACAAUGAGCGAGACUGAAGGCCCCCAACAGCCUUCGGAACCUAUCCAAACCAACAGCCCGAACGAAGGUAGACGGGGUAAUACAGCUCAGGAGCACUUCGUGGAUAUUUUACUAAACAAGAUGAUAUCUGCCAUUCUUCCCGAGAACUUUCCCGAACGAGAGCACUUCACCCAGAGAGUAAAUGAUCCGCUUCGCAAAAAGCGGCAGAAACUAUCUGCAACUAUACUCGCAAAUAACUUAAAGGUUUUAACGACAAAGCUGGGCGCAAUAUUUGAGUUCCAAGACUCUGUAAUACGCCUCAUUGCCUGGAGGAACCCCUCAGGUACCAUCACCUUACUUAUCCUCGUCACUAUGAUCUGCUUCAAUCCAAUGUUUUUGGCAAUCAUACCAAUGCUUUACAUACUUUAUGGCAUAAUGGUACCAGGCUAUACCCAUCGACACCCUCCCAACAGAACCGCAUACUUGUCAAGACGAACAUACGGAAAGUCGCUGGUGAUCUCUUUGACCAGCGGCGGCAAGAAAGCUAGUUGGCAUCCAAGCGAUGAUAUUCAAGAAUAUGAUUACAACCUUGACUUGGAUCCGCAUGACAUUCAGCGAGCACAUCAUAUCAAGCAAAGCAUGGAGUUUGUAGUGAAUUUACGGGAUUUGCAGAACAGCAUGUCAACAAUGGUAUCUUUGUCAAAGGGGAUGGAGAAGUUUGUGUUCGGAACAGCAGGAUUUAAAGACGAACAUAGAUCGACGGCCUUGUUUCUAGCUGGACUAGGGGCGCUUUUGCUGUCGUGGCUAGUUUCGCCAUUUGUGAAUUGGAGUCUUGUAUCUGCAGUUGGCGCUUGGUCAACGAUGAUUGCAAUUCACCCCGAAGUUCGUUCUAGGUUGGCACGCAUAAUUAAACAGGAGCAGGUCGAGAGAGGUAGAGAGGCGUUGAAAAGGAGUGAGCGGUAUGACAUUGUUUUAGACGAGGCUCCAGAAGUUCGGUCUAUUGAGGUUUUUGAGAUAUACAAGCAAGGACUAGUUCCAAAAGAUUGGACUUUUCUCAAGUUCUCUACUAGUGUGUUCGACCCUCAGGAUAGCUUCAGGAAGGCACAAAUACCUCCUCCGGGAGUGGAAACUCUGGCCCAGGUUCAACCUCCUGUGACGUGGGCCUUUGACAACAAUUCUGAUUGGGAAAUUGAUGUGCGGGCUAAUGAGUGGGCUCGUGAUCGUGGGUUGCAAUUACGCUUGGAAGAUGAGUUUUUAGUUGACGAUUCAUUUAAACGUAGAAGGCUUACUCGGACUGUUUUGCGGUAUGCCACUCCAGCGCGCAAGCCAUCGUAUAAAUGA